AUGAACUCAAACAUUCUUAACAACAGCGAGAGGGGGAUGGGGGCUCGCUUUUGGGUGUGGGACGGAUGGACCACGGGUGAAAAAGUUGUGUCCAUAGCAGAGGAGGAUGGCUCAGGCUCAGACACCAUAGGUGUGACGGGAGAUGCUCUAAGUGGCAUGGAGGAUGCCACCGUUGCCACAAUGGGUGCUGAUUGGAAGGAGACCAGAGAACCUCAGUCAGCUUUAAACUCUCUGAAACAUGAUUCAAGAUGUAAGAAACGAUUCAGCUGCUCUGAGUGUGGGAGAAGAUUUGGCCGCAAGUACCAUCUGAAGACACACAUGAGAACUCAUACAGGAGAGAAACCUUUUAGCUGCUCAGUUUGUGAUAAAAGAUUUAGCUACAAUACACAUCUGAAGACACACAUGAGAACUCAUACAGGAGAAAAACCUUUCAGCUGCUCAGUUUGUAAUAAAUCUUUUACACAGAGUGGAAGUUUACGGUCACACAUGGCAGUCCACACAGGAGAGAAGCCUUUCAGCUGCUCAUUCUGUAAUAAAUCUUUUACACAGAGUGGAGGUUUACAAAAACACAUGAGAAUCCACACAGGAGAGAAGCCUUUUAGCUGCUCUGAGUGUGGUAAAGCUUUCACUGAUAGUGGAACCCAGAAGAAACACAUGAUAACUCACACAGGAGAAAAACCUUUCAGCUGUUUAGUCUGUAAGAAAUCUUUUACACAGAGAGGAUGUUUACAAUCACACAUGGCUGUAGUCCACACAGCAGAGAAAAUAUUUAGCUGUAGUGUUUGUAACAAAAGGUUUGCCCACAGUUCUGAUGUCAAAACACAUAAAUGUGUUGGUCCGAUGGAAAUAGAAGCUGAUGGAGAGGACUGUGGAGGACCAGGACCAGCCAGCAGGGCUGGACUGGGACAAAAACAUGGCUUUGGCGUUUUUGGCCCAGGCGGUCCACACCCACCGUGA